AUGGCAUCAUAUACUGCUACACGGAAACUCUACACCCUCAUCGUUCCUGUAGAUAGCCAGCGCGUCUUGUUAGGAUACAAGAAGCGUGGUUUUGGAGAAGGGAAAUAUAACGGUUUCGGUGGGAAGGUAGAACCUGGCGAAACUAUCGCCGAAGGGGCAAUCCGCGAGCUUGAGGAAGAGGCCUGUAUCAAGGCCAAGAAUCUACCCUAUCAUGGCAUCCUGUUCCUGGAAUCUACCGCAGAUUCUAAAGCUCCGAUCCUAGAGAUACAUGUUUUCACUGCAACUGAAUGGGCUGGCGAGCCAAUGGAGACCGAAGAGAUGCGCCCAGUGUGGUUUGCACCGCCCUCAACCACUCACGACUCGUCCGAUUCUCCUGCGAUCCCGUUCCAGAAUAUGUGGGAAGAAUCUCGUGAAUGGCUCCCCCUGGUUCUUGCGUUCUAUUUCCCGACCCCAAGAAGGGGAAAAAUUCAAUUUGCGCAUCAUGUAACUUUUAAGGGUGGCCUCAAUCCUGAGACUGGGUUAGAGGAUAUCUGGCAUGGAAUUGAUCGUAAGUUUGUUAAAUGGCUUGAGAGUGGUCGCAAAGAUGAUGAAGGUUUCCCGGGCGACCUGGAGGAUUGGACAGAGGAGGUCAGGGAGCAGUGGAUUGAAAAGAGGAUGAUGGCUUUUGAGAAGAAUAAAAUGUAG